AUGGCUGAGAACACGGAGGCACAAUCCGCCGCCCAAGAAGUCAUGCUUAAUGCCCAGCUCCUCCACCCAACUCAUCGCAAUCUCUCCAGCCAACCGACCAGAAGCUCCGUCCUGCACACGAUACGACUAGUCAACGGCCACUUCGGUAGCGCGAUGCAGGAAAAGCGCUCGAUGCCGCGCAGCUUGCCGUGCAUUUGCAGCCGGGAGGCGGCCAUCUAUCGCCAGCGGUUGGCCGAUGAGGCGGCGUUGGGUGUCAUGGGUGGUAGACGAACACCAGCAGCAAAUGCGCAACGCCAGCAUACCACGGCCACGAGUAUCUACUGCUUGGGAGAAAGAAUCUACGACCGCGCACCGACGUCUUUAGGCAACCCAUCGAUGGCGUCUGCGAACGUCGACAUACCAAGAAAGAUAGUGACAGACCGCUUCACCGCACAACAUCACAAUGAGCACAGAGCGGCGGUCAUCUGCAUGGACUCUGCAUCGGCCACAUCGACCAUGCCGAAAGGUAAGCCCUCCGGUAGCUUUCCCGACAUUCCUCCCCAACAACAUCAAGCCCGCAUGCUCGCAUUUCUCGCAUGCGGGUAUUCGUUGUUGGGACAUUGA